GUUCUCUGUUUCUCCUCAUCGCGAACCCUUUACCAUUCUCUUUCUCGAAACCUCAGUAACGAAAAACACGCCUCCGUCGCCGCCAUGGCCGCAAUCGCACGACUCAGGGUCGCCGCGGUGCCGCUGAGGGCCCUCGUGCUCCGGUGUAACCGGGGGUUUGGAUCGGCGGCCGCUGCACAGUGCUACUACGAGGAUGACGAGGAAGAGGAGUGCGCGGCACGCGGCAUGCUUGACGCACACGGUUGCAAGCCGGAGCGCGGAGUGCAGUGGGUGAUGAUAGGGGAGCCUGGAGCUAGGAGGAACCUCUUCGCGCAGAGGCUCUCGAAGCUUCUAGAAGUUCCUCACAUUUCCAUGGCUACGCUCCUCAGCCAGGACCUCAACCCUCGCUCCUACCUCUAUCACCAAAUAGCAAAUGCUUUAGAUCAUGGAAAACUUGUCCCACAGGAAAUUAUUUUUGGGCUGCUAAAGAAGAGACUGGACGAUGGGUACUCAAGAGGUGAAACUGGGUUUAUUCUUGAUGGUUUCCCUCGAACAAGGGUCCAAGCUGAGAUCCUUGAUCACAUUGCUCAUGUUGAUCUGGUGGUGAACUUCAAAAGUUCCCAAGAGGAAUUAGUUAAAAAGAAUUUUGGAAAUCGAAAAUUUAAUUCUCGCCAAGAAUAUAUUCUUAUGACCAGCUCCAGGAACCCAACGAAACAAUUGCCUGAUGAUAAUCAAAGUCAUGAAGACGAGUGCAAGCUAUUGGAAGAUUACUACAGGAAGCAGAAGAAACUUCUGAACUUUGAAUUAGCAGGUGGACAUGGUGAAACCUGGCAGGGACUUCUAGCUGCGCUACAUCUUCAGCAUAUUAAUGCUCUUAGUUCUUCACAGAAGUUAACGGCGUGAAGGGCCACCAAUCUUCUAUGGCAUCAAUCCGUUGUCGGCAUUUUAGUAUGUGAAUAUGAGGACUACAACAAUUUCGUAGAAAUUUUGUGUCGGUUUCUAUAUUGAUUGUUUUGCAAAAUUUUGAGAAUGCUAGUUUGUUCUGUAGCGCAAAAGUUCAGAAGUAUGAAUCAAUACCCAAUGUAUGGUCCUAAAUCCUUCUAGUGGAUGUGUUGUCUUUAUUUUUGUUCAA